GGUUUCCCUUGUGCGAGUUUAGGGUUUUUUUCUCCGCUGUCAAGCUUUCGGGUGGCCGAUCAUGGCGAUCGACCUGUUUGAUGGAUCUGAUACAAGCGCCGACGAAGCCGAUCUGUCGACCAUCGAAAUCGAUCAGACCUUCGCCAAGCGGCUGGAGCACAACAAACGGCGGGAGGCCCACCAGCGGCUGGAGGAGCUCAAGAGAAAGGGUCUCGCUGCCGAUUCCGACACCUCUGACGAGUCUGACGACGACGACGACGACGACGACGAUACAGAUGAGGAUAUCAACUUGUCCGGUAGGAACGACCUCAAGUUUUUCGAGACGCUCGUCAGGGUCAAGAAUAAUGACCCUGAGAUCCUCCGCAGCGACACGAAGAUCUAUUCAUCCGACGAGGAGGAGAGUGGGAAGCGGAGGGCUGUAAAGGAGAGACCUUUGUACCUGAAGGAUGUCAAUGCUCGGCACUUUAUCGAAGAGGGGCCUGAAUUCGAGGAUGAGCCUCUAAAAUACAACUCAAAGGUCUACAACGAAGAACAGGCCGAAGGUAUCAAGGCAUUCUUGGAAGCGGAGAAGGCUGCUUUUGCUUCGGUUGACGAGGAGGAUGACAUUCUCAAGGUGAAGGAGAAGCCUGGAGAGGCAGAGAAGGAUGAGGAUGCAGAAAAGAUGGACAACAACGUGAAUAAAUAUUUCGGAAACGAUGUUGAUAUCAACGAUAACGAGAAGUACUUGAAGAAGUACAUGGGCAACAAAAUGUGGAUCCCUGAGAAGGAUAAAAAACCAUCUAUUGAUCAUAUCUCAGACGAAGAUGAUGAGCUCGAUAAGCAGGACAAGUACGAGGCUGAGUACAAUUUCAGGUUUGAGGAAGGAGGUGCAGAUCGAGUAUUGGGCCAUUCGAGGGUUGUGGAGGGAUCAGUGAGGAAGAAGACAAAUAGUAGGAAAUUGCAAAGGAAGAGCAAGGAGGAGAGGAUGGCACAGGCAGAGUUCGAGCGGAAGGAAGAGUUAAAGCAUCUGAAGAAUCUGAAGAAGAAGGAGAUUCAUGAGAAGCUUGAGAAAAUCCGAGCUGUUGCUGGGAUUGGAGAUGGUGGCCCUGUUGAGCUAGACGAGGAUGAUUUGGAGGAGGAAUUUGAUCCAGUGGAGUAUGAUAAGAAGAUGAAUGAAAUGUUUGGGGAUGAUUAUUAUGAUGCUGAGGAUAUCAAUCCUGGAUUUGGGAGUCAGGAGGAAGGAGAUCUAGAGAAGCCAGAUUUCAAUAAGGAGGAUGAACUGCUUGGCAUUGGAAAAGAGGGAUUUGAGGCAGCUCGAGAAAGGUUUUUAAAACAGAGACAUGUAGCAGAAGAAGAAGAAGAAGAAGAAGAAGAAGCAGAAGAAGAACCCAAGCAGGAAGAUGGCAAGAGGAAGAGGAAGCGUAAAAUCUCUCUCAAGGAGAAGGUAGAGCUUGAUAAGGAAUUGGACGAGUACUAUAAACUAGAUUAUGAAGAUACAAUUGGGGACCUUAAAACUCGGUUCAAGUAUAGAACCGUCCUGGCUAAUAGAUAUGGUUUGCGUCCUGAGGAUAUUUGGAUGGCGAACGAGAAGGAUCUGAACCAAUAUGUUUCCUUGAAGAGGCUAGCCCCCUAUAGGGAAAAAGAGUGGAAGGUUACAUACCAUCAGAAGCUGAAAAAGGACUUGAUUCUUCAAGGAGAGAGCUCUAAUCAGCAAAAGAUGCUCAAAUCAAAGGCUGGUUCGAGUGAUCAGCAACCAGAUGGUGAAGAAAAUAAGUUGUCUCGGCGCAGUAGAAGACGACACCGUCAAGCAGAAUUGAAACUUUCACAUUCAAGGCUAAUGGCAUAUGGAAAAAUACCCUCAAAGCAUCCGAAGAGACGUAGCUAAAGCCUAAAGGGGUGUGCACGCUGAACAAUUUUGGGCGAUUAUAGAUGAAUAUGAAAUGAGAGUCUCUAUUCUAUGAACAAUUUAUAAUUUUUUUGGUUCCUUAUGUUGUAUUUCUAAUUGAUGUUGCCUUUUGUUAUUCUCAUUGUUUCGAUAUGUUUUCUGCUUAGUUAUAGUUUAAACUCCUAUUAGCUGAUCUUAAAUAGUUGGAGUAAACAUGAACUUGUCGGUACUUCAUUGUAUAAGUUAUGGGCUUACCAUUUCGAUUACAUGUUGAUUUUUAUUGUUUA